AUGGCAACCCUCGAUUCUGUCCAGCUUCUUUCUGAGGCAGCAUUUGGCUGUGUACAUCUUGCGGCUAUUCUCUCCAAGGAUGAGAAGACUGCUGGCCAGUUCAGAGAGCAAUUCUGCAAACAGUACAAAUUGCUAGCUCCACACUCAAAGACAGACACCGUUGCUGCUCCAACAACUGGCCUCCGAACUGUGGAGUCUCUGAAGCCCAAGUACCACUGUCUGAGUUGCGCAGAAGUAUGUCUAGGCUCCAAGAGAGCGGAGCAUACUGCGGCCACCGGACAUGUAUUUUACCUUGAUUCUCGAACCCGUUAUGUCUUUUGUGAGAAGUGUGUCGAUUUCAUCUAUGACCAUACCCUCGACAGACUUCGUGGUCCUUCUGGCAAGUUUGAAGCCAUUGAUGGGCGAUCCAUUUGGGCCGAAGACUCGGCCUCCGAGAUCUACGUCAAGAAUAACGCUCACAAGAACCCAUGCGCCAUUCGCGGCGCUCGUGGUGUUUGGAACAUGGGUCAAACGUGUUACCAAGCUGCUAUCUUGCAGGCUCUGCUGCACGACCCUAGCCUCACUGCCUAUUUCUUGGGAGGUGGUCAUGAUGUCCACACAUGCACGAUCAAGGACUGUCUUGCCUGUGCGACAGCUGAGGUAUUCAUGGAAUUCAACAGUGCCGAGAGAAACGACGCAGUCUCCGCAGCCAUGCUUCUUCACCAUGGCUGGCAAAAAUCUAAGGAUAUGGCUGGCUACCGUCAGCAAGAUGCCCACGAAUACUUCCAAUUCCUUGUGAACGAACUGCACUCAUCCACCCCCGGACAUGUCGAGAGCUACGAAAAGCCAUGCGACUGUUUCUUCCACCAGAUGUUCUACGGCGAACUACGCAGCAGCGUCAUGUGCCACAAAUGCGGCCAAACCACCAACACCCACGACCCAAUCGCUGAUCUGAGUCUUGAUGUCCAGCUUCAGCAUAAGAAGCGCAAGCUCGGUCGCUCUACCUCUUCUACUACUGGAACCCUCCUUGGCUGCCUGGACAGCUUUACUGCCGCUGAAGAUCUCCACGCCGACGCCGCUUACCACUGCGAAAAGUGUGGUAACACUCCCCAGCGGGCCUCGAAGCGCCUGCAGAUCCGCAAAAUCCCUGUUAUCCUUUGCAUGCAACUCAAGCGUUAUGAACACACCUCUAACACCUCCGAGAAAAUGAAUGGUCACAUCGACUUCCCUCUGUCUGUGAAUAUGCUACCGUACACGGUUAGAAAGGACAACCUUCCUGUUGACAUGUCGAAUUACAUGUACGACCUGUCCACAGUCAUCGUCCACGAAGGAACAAUGGACUCCGGGCAUUACUAUGCCUAUACCCGUAUUGAGAACGACAAGUGGGUAUUGAUGGAUGACAAUAAGGUCACCGUCGUUGGUGUGGCAGAUGUCCUCCGCCAGGAUGCUUAUCUUCUUUUCUACAGCGCCCGUUGUAUCCGGGCCGAGAAAGCAAAGAACUAA